AGAAGGGGAGUAAAUACUGAUGAUCGUGAGCAAGAGGCGGUGGGAAGGAUAUUCUCAGGCUUGUAUAAUAGGGGACUAAACCCUCACUUCUGCAUCCUUACUUGCUCACUGACCAACAAGGAAAUCUAUUCACCAUACAGAAGCGUCCCUCAAGUCAGUAAUCAUGGCUGUAGCAAAGUCAUGGACAAUGGUGAAGCAUUUUGAUGGUGCUCCAAAACCUGAAGAUUUUAAGCUGGUUGAAAGGGAGCUUCCAGCACUUAAAGAUGGAGAAUUGUUGUUGGAAUCAGUGUUUUUCACUGUGGACCCAUACAUGAGGAUAUUCGGUAGCCAAAUAAUGAAGGAAGGAGACAUUACAAUAAGAGCCCAGGUUCCCAGGCUAUAUAGAAGAAGAAUGAUGAAGGAAGGGGACAUUAUGAUAGGAGCCCAGGUUGCCAGGGUAACAGAGAGUAAAAAUCCUGAGUUCCCAGUGGGAGGAUACUAUGUUGGACAUGGUGGAUGGACAACACACUUCAUAUCUGAUGGCAAAGUACUGCGUGCAUUACCCUCAAGCUGGCCUGAAUCUCUGUCUAAAUCACUGGCAAUUGGAGCCGCAGGCAUGUCUGGUCUGACAGCAUACUUUGGCUUGUUGGAAGUCUGCAGUCCCAAAGAAGGAGACGUGGUUCUUAUUAACAGCGCUGCUGGUGCUGUAGGUUCUCUAGUGGGACAGAUUGCAAAGAUGAAAGGCUGUAAAGUAGUCGGAUCUGCUGGCUCAGAUGAAAAAGUUUUGUAUUUAAAGGAAAUUGGCUUUGAUGAAGCUUUCAACUAUAAGACGGUGAGCUCACUUGAGGAGGCACUGAAGGCAGCAUCUCCGGAGGGAUACGACUGUUACUUUGACAAUGUUGGAGGAAAGUUUACAGAUGCUGCCUUGCAACAAAUGAAAGAUUUUGGAAGAAUUGCUGUAUGUGGUGCCAUUUCCAUGUACAAUGACUCAGUGAUUACUUCAGGACCUUACAUACAGCCAUAUAUUCUGUUCAAACAACUCCGAAUGGAAGGAUUUCUUUUGAGUCAAUGGGAGGACAGAUAUGAGGAAGGUCAUAAGCAACUCCUGCAGUGGGUUUUAGAGGGCAAAUUGAAAUAUAAUGAACACAUUACCAAUGGAUUUGAGAACAUGCCAGCGGGAUUCAUGGGAAUGCUCAAGGGAGAGAACAUUGGGAAAGCAAUUAUCAAAGUGUAGAUUUUCAUUUAUGGAAAAUAAAAAAACAUUGUAGCUACUUUUGCUGUCUUGGGGCCCCGAUAUCCUUUCUUGGGCCAGUCACUGAUCUACAAAGCAGAUGCCCUGGCCACUGACUGCAUGCUUUUUCUGGGUUUAUGACUCACUAAGAAUUAAAGCAAUGAUAAGAAUGACAUUCCUGAAAAAUGUAUCUUUAAAAACAAAUCGACAUUGACAGCCACCUUACCUUCACUAAAACAUAAUUGUUUUUGUCUUUGAAAAAAUAUCAUAUGUGCCUAAGCUUUUAUAAUAAAAUAACCAUCCAUUAAAA